UAAUAGUUUUAAACAAAAUAUAAUGAUGAACGUUGACAUGAUACUUCUAGAAGAUUCAGAUUUGUAUGCAGUAAUAAACUGUUUGAAAUUUAAAAGCGUUAUGAAUGUUGUAAGUAAAAUUUUGAUCCAAGAAUCAAUAAUGCAAACUUUUAUGUGGUAUUGUAAGAAAUAUUUUAAAUAUGAUUUUGUUGAAUUGAAAACAUUUCAAUCAUUGAAAGACUUACUUACACUUAACGAUAUAUCUAUAUGCAAAAGCGAUACUGUGAAUAUAGUAUCCAUAUGGUCAGAAGAUAUUAUAGCUGCAAAAAAUUUAGCAGAAUCUUUGAAGCAUAAUGUUUUAUGUAUAAACACAUGCAUGGAUUUUGAGCCUGGUCUCAUACUUCCAUACUUAGAGUUAAACAAGAAAUCAUUAGAUCAUUCUUUGCAUUUAUAUGAAGUGAGAGAAUAUACAUGUGCAAAUCCAAGAAAUCUAAUAACGCAUCAAAGUGUAAAGUAUGAUCUGUUUUAUGAUGGCAAAUGGCAAACACCUGUUAGAAAACAAUAUUGGAUGCACAAUAAUAUUUUAUUUGCAAAUGCAACUCGUGAAGAUAUUGUAGAAUGCACUACUUCAGCUAGAGAUGGAUUCAAAAUUUGGAGUACUAUGUCUAAUCAAUCCAGGAGGCAAAUAUUAUGUAAUUUUGCAUUCACAUUAGAAAGUGAAAGUAAACCUCAAUUUGUACAUACAAUAAGAGAUAUGAUAUAUUUUUCAUAUAUUUGUGAAAAUCAAAUGAAUUUUAGCAUUAUAAAUAAUAAUGUUGAAGUAACAUUAAUUUAUAAACCACAAGGUACUGCUAUUCUUCAAGAAAAAGAUGAGCUUUCUUUGCUUAAAGAAUUAACAUUAAAUUUGGCUUUUGGCAAUUCUGUCAUUGUGAUAUGUAAUCCAGAUUUAUAUUUUCUGGCACAAUUUUGCAAUGUGUUUAAAAUGUGUGGCAUACCUCCAGGUGUUAUAAAUCUCUUGUCAAUGGAGAACGCUGAUUUUGAAUAUGAUAUAAUUAGUGACACACAAUUAAGUAAAAUAUAUUCAGGUAUUUCUGUAAUACAGUAUAUGAUAGCUGCUUGUUAAUAAUUGUAAUAGUAUAUAUAGCAUAAGCUUUAAUGUUAUGAGGAAUUUAUGUGCAUAUACAUAUAUACAGGAUGUCUGACAUAAGGUGUCACACUGAA